UAUUUAUGUUUUCAUUAAUAUUAUCUAUUUAACUAAUAAAUACGUUUAUUUAUAAAAUCAAGGCAUUUUACAAUUAAUAUUGAGGUAAAAGUAAGUGUAUAAAUUGCAUUGAAAUUGUAGAACGACACUUUUUAUGUAACAAAAAAAAACUAAUGUGACACUUAAUAUGAAACAGAGAGAAUAGUAGUUUACAAACCCCAAAAUUUUCAACUUUUACGUCAUUAUUUCUACAAUUUUGCAUAAUUACUAAUUAAAACUUCAGCCAAUCAUAACAAUAGUUAUAACUUUUUGCAAGAUUUUUUAAUGCAUAACCUUUUGCAAGAUCUUACCAAAUACAAAUGUAGUAUUCAAUUUUGCAGAUUUUUUUCAUAUAAUUAAGAAGUUAUGAUUAUGCGUAUUUUAUCCACUUAUAUAAGAUUCCACAGUGUGAUCAUUUGAAAGCAUAAUGUUUCCAGCCCUCAUAUGGUGGCACAUGUUAGGAUCUAGGGCUCUCGGUCUUUGACCUGGACUAUUCUCUGAAAUUAGCGGUUAAAGAAGUCCUGCAAAUCCAAAACGAAAGAGGAUUGGAUAAGUAUUUGGAAUUACCGAAAAACUUCGGGAAGAAAAAAAUAGACCUAAUUACUUCUAUAGUGGAGUGGAUCAAGAAAAAUGCAGUUAGCUGGUCAACAAGACGUCUUUCCCUAGCCGGGAAGUUAGAAUUAUGCUGAAAAGUGUACUCUCGGCAAUCCCAUCUCACGCUAUGACUUGUUUUAAACUGCCUAAGUCCCUUAUUAAGAGGAUCCAGUCAGCGAUGACAAGGUUUUAUUGGGAUGAUCGCUUAGGCACAAAAAGAUGGCUUGGAGUUCUUGGACAAAACUAACUCAGCCGAAGAGUAAAGGAGGUCUCGAAUUUCUGGAUUUCGACUGCUUUAAUGAGGCUUUCUUGGCUAAACUGGCAUGGGGACUGAGCAACAAUCCGGACAUCCUCUUAGGCCGAAUAGAGGGUCAGAAUGUAAUGGCUGGAAAGGAGUUUUAAUAGGUAUAUAGCUCUUGAAGAAAAACACACAGGGUGGCUAAUAGGUGAUGGCAAUGCAGCGGACUUAUGGUCUGAGCCUUGGCUGAGCAGCUCUAGCUGUGAAUUGCUGGUUGGACCACCUACUGAGCAAACGUCAGCGUUUAAGGUUUCAAGCCUCAUGCACCUCGACACUACUGAGUGGGAUGAAGAAAAGAUAAGGCUUAUUUGUCCAGCUCAUGAAGAUUAAAUCCUGAAAAUUCGUCGUAGUCUUUCCGAUGCUCCAGAUAGACGCUGCUGGAUGGGAACAAAAACAUGGGAAUACAUAGUACGGUCCAGAUAUAUCACUACAGUCUCUGAAAAUAUCGUAGAAGAAUUGGAAGAAAAAACAAUCAACUGAAACCAACAAGUAUGGAGCCUUAAAACUGCACCUAAGGUUAAAAUGCUCGUGUGGAAGGCUCUAAAGAGAACUCUAACAGUGGGGACAAGAUUAGAGGAUAGGCACAUCGAUGCUGAUCCAAAAUGUAAACGAUGCGGUAGUCCCGAAUCUAUCAAUCACCUAUUUGUUCACUGCCAAUAUGCUCAAGACGUUUGGCGCACAGCCCUUUUUGUUGUUGGUUCUGAUAAUAGUGGAUUGGGUAGAUUUUGGUAGUUUUCUGGUCCAAUGUGGUUUCCUUACCUUGUUUACCACCCACGGGUAUUUCUACAUGUUAUCUGGCACCGGCGAUUGUAUGGCAGUUUUGGACGGCCCGAAGAAAACUUGUCUUCGAAGAAUUUCCACUGACCGGGUAUACCAAAAAAGAAGAUUGAUGUUCCUGUUCAGAUGUUGGCAUCAAUGGUACUAAGAACUGAUGCAGCUUGGCGCCCUGGAUCGUUGUCGGCUGAAUUAGAAUGGACCAUCACAAGACAGAAAAAAGUGCUACAAUUUGCGAUACUGGAGCAACAUGUGUUUUCACCUCUGAUGGGAGAAGACUUGGCACUAAGAUCAACUCUUCUAAAAUGCAAAGACUUGGGUAUCCGAAACUUGAAAUGUGAAGCUGAUUCAUCUUUUCUUAUCAAUAGCAUCAAGAAUGGAAACACUCUACUAGAGUUGUGUGGAGUGGUGGCAGAUAUUCUCUGCACUGCAAACUAUUUUGAAUUUAUCUCUUUUGGUUGGAUCUCUAGGAAAGAUAACAGUGCAAUUGAUAUGCUUGCAAAACAUGUAUUGAAUGUGUCUAGUGAAGAUUUCGCUCUUACUUUUUUUUAUUUUAAUGAAAGUUGUGUUUCAAAAAAAAAUAUCCUAUCACAAAAUUCCCUAUAUUCAUAUUCGUGAUUAGAUUUCUUUAUACAUGUGGUGUUUACAUUGUCAUAUAGUACCUUUUAUUUUGUCUCUACUGAGAAAAGUGUGUCCACUAAUAAUCCGGAUUCAAACUUUUUAAACAAAAAACAUUAUAAGAUACAAGAAAAACAAGAGAUGCAUAAGUCUGAAUAAUUAUAACAUAUGCAUAGAGAUACACUGAUCCGACAUAAAUAAUACUUGGUACUCAAUUAAGUAAAGCAGUGUGUUAGGUGAAGUGCGGUCCCUCACCAGUGCUACUCCCACUAAGUUUUAUCUUGAAAUACUAUUUAUGAAGAAUAGUCCCAAUGUGGCAUUCCAUGCUUAUUUAGUACUCAUAUAAGCCAAGAUCCGCCUGCAGGGUUCACUCUCUUCUCUAUUCAAAGAAAUGGAGACACAACCUUUAAAGAUCUUUUUGACCAUUACCAUCAUCUUCCUCUACCUUCUUGGACACGUCAUGUCCAAGGAAUCAUCAUCACCAUCACGAUCUCUGUGCAAUGGUUCGGUGCGAGAGUGCAGCAGCUUGGAGGAGACUGAGGAAAGGACGGUGAUAAUGGAGUCAUGGUCAAGCCAGAGACUGACGGAGGAGCAGACGCAGACGCUUUCAUACAAAGCUUUGAGGAGGAAUCAGCCUGCUUGCGACGGUGGCAACCGCGGCGAGUCUUACUCCAACAGAUGUCUUCCUCCGCCGUCUAAUCCUUACAGUAGAGGCUGCUCUAAGCACUACCGUUGCAGGGGUGAUUCUUGACCACUCACCAUCAUUAUGAUGACUCUUUAUGUUCUUUUAAUCUGAUGUUUGUCAGUUUGAAUCGUUUUGGUUUCAAGUGUAAUUUAAGAAAUUGGGGUUUCCUUUGUUAGAUAAAAGUAAAUGUUGGGUGAAAAAACAAAUUUCUGAUUUAAGAUUUUGCCAUA